UAUGGCUCAUACGAGUUUGUGAAUUACAAAAAUAUUGUUUCAGUUACUUGUAUAUUGGUGCCCUGGUGUCUUCGGGUAGAAAAUCAACUUUUGCCUGAUGUCUCCUUUGAAGUGCGCAUAUAGGCGUUUCCUGAACCCGUUACCCAAUCAGCUCUCUCGGGACAAAGAACAACAGGUCCAUUUGUUCUUUCCUCAUAUAUAAGAGAAUUUUGCAGCGCACCAGGUCAAAAUAAUUAGAUCUGCUCUCUUGAUAGCUUCCCAUGAUGAGGAAAAUGGUGUUUUCAUUAUUUUGGCUUCUUCCUCUUUUAUACAAAAUUUGUCCGGCACAUGCUUGGGUGGCAAGUAACCUUCUUAUGACGGGACCCAAGGCGUAUCUCAGUUAUGCAAGAAGCGUGCAGGUGGGCACACAGAGCGGAAUCGAGGAGUGCAAACACCAGUUUGCCUGGGACAGAUGGAACUGUCCCGACGGCGCAAUUCAGCUCAAAGGACUCAGACGUGCCACCAGGGAGACUUCUUUCGUCCACGCCAUCAGUGCAGCGGGGGUCAUGUACACUCUAACCAGGAACUGCAGCCUGGGAGACCUCGACAACUGCGGCUGUGAUGUCUCAAAGAACGGGAAAAUUGGUGGUCGUGGAUGGUUAUGGGGUGGCUGCAGUGCUAACGUGGACUUUGGGGAGAGGAUUUCCAAACAGUUUGUGGAUGCGCAGGAGACAGGCCAGGACUCCAGGGCUGCUGUUAACCUGCACAACAAUGAGGCAGGGCGGCUGGCCGUGAAGGCGACAAUGAAGCGCAUCUGCCGGUGUCACGGCAUGUCUGAGAGCUGCAGUGUCCAAACCUGCUGGACACAGCUGUCUGAUUUCAGAGAAAUCGGCAACUAUUUGAAGAUUAAGCACAGUCAGGCCCAAAAGCUGGACAUCGACAACAAGCGCACGCGGGCCAGCAACAGCGCGGACAGCCGAGGUGGCAUCGCGGACGCGGUCGGCAGCAUCGCCCAGACAGAGCUCAUCUACUUGGAAGAUUCCCCGGACUACUGCAGGACGAACACCAGCCUGGGGCUGUACGGUACCGAAGGCCGGGAGUGCCUGCAGCAUGGAGAGGGUUUAACCCAGUGGGAGAAGAGGAGCUGCCGCAGGCUAUGUCAUGAGUGCGGCCUGAGGGUGGAAGAGAGGCGCACAGAGGUGGUGAGCAGCUGCAACUGCAAAUUCCACUGGUGCUGCAAGGUGAACUGUGACGACUGCUCUCAGGUUGUUGUCAAACAUGUGUGCGCUAGGAGGGAAGGUGCUGACAGACGGAGAUACCGUGGACCCAAAUGACGAAACAUGUACAGGGAUCUGUGACCUGUCCAAAGCAAGUUUAGGGACCUAUAUGAAAAUGUUGUCUGUUUGCACUUCUCGUUGAAUUUUGACUUUGUAUAAAUCCCA